AACUCACUUACCGAGAAGCAGGACAAUAGAAAAUAAGGCUCAUGUCCAGGCUGGCGGUGGUGUGUGGGGGGUCCAGAGGCAUCGGGAAGGCUGUGUCCCGCCUGCUGGCAGAGAGGGGCUGCAGGCUGGCCGUCCUCUCCAGGAAUGAAGAUGCUGCCCAAGCCACCGUGUCCUCUCUGCACGGAGCUGACCAUGUGGCUUUCAGCUGUGAUGUUUCCAAAGAGCAGGAGGUGCAGAAAACCUUUGAAAGGAUCCAGAAGACCUGUGGAAACAUCUCUUAUCUUGUGAACGCAGCUGGCAUCAACAGGGAUGCUUUAUUACUGAGGACUAAGCCGGAGGACAUGGUGACUCUGCUUCACACCAACUUGCUGGGCACCAUGCUGACCUGCAGAGCGGCACUGCGCAGCAUGCUGAAUACCCAAGGAGCCGCCAUUGUUAAUAUUGGCUCUGUUGUGGGCCUGAAAGGGAAUGCUGGCCAAUCUGUCUACAGUGCAAGUAAAGCUGGUUUGGAGGGCUUCACACGCUCCUUAGCUAAAGAAGUCGCUUCACGCAACAUCAAGGUCAACCUGCUGGCUCCAGGUUUCAUUCGCACUGACAUGACUGCAGGGCUGAAGGAGGAGGACAGGGUGCGCGCCAUCCCGUUGGGGAGAUUUGGCGAGCCGGAGGAGGUAGCACAGGCUGUCCUCUUCCUUUUGGAGUCUUCCUACAUCACAGGACAGGUGCUGGUGGUGGAUGGAGGGCUACAGCUGGUCAUGUAGAGAACGAAGCUUGAAACUACUCGAAAUAAUGCCAGAGUGAAUGUCUCAAUCUGCCUUUUCCAGAUGCUUGACGUUACUCAUGACCGAGAUAAAAAACACUUUGCACUUAAAAAGUCUUUGUGGCUGAAGCUGAAUGUUACUCUGUGGACACCAGGUGGAAACAUGAAAUUCAGAAUCAUAUCUGUUGAGCCAUAAAAGUGCAAGAUGCAGUUUUUAUGAUCUGUAUCAGCUGGUUUAUCCUCCAAAUUCUUUCUGCAAACCUUAAGAGCAACCAGAAUCUUUGUACAAGCUGUUACUUUUUGAAAUAGACACACAAACCCACAUCUUACACAGGAUCUCUGUCCUGCUGUUCUCUGACUUUCUGCUGAGUCACCCCGUCCAGCCGCAGUAGGCGGGGCCUGAUGUGUGUGUGUGACAGUGGGUCAUGACUAACGCUGCUGACUCCAGUGUGUCUGGCCCAGUCCAGACCUCCGUGACCUGAGCUCCUAAAUUUGAUCAGUAGAUUUAACGCUGUUGGUCUUUUUCCAUGACUGUAACGCGGCCGCCACCGAUCACAGCGCUCAUGUUUUGUUUCCCCCCCGACCUCCCCAGGGAGACCCCCCUCGCAGCCGGCACAUGUUGCCCCCUCCACCAGCGGCCCCCCCUGAGCCCACCUCUGGAGGGGCCUGUCGAGGGGGGCCAGGCAUGUCGAGCUGCAGCUGGAGGAAAUUAGAGGUAGUGGUGGGGAGGUGGGGAGGGGGAGGGGGGUAUUUUUAGUUCUGGGAAUGUUUUGAGUGUCUGGUUACAGCUCUGGUCCUGUACUGUGGAUGGAUGGGGUUGGAGGUUGGCUGUCAUGCUCAGUGAAAAUGCUGUGUUGCUUGUUACUCCUCCAGUUCCCCCCUAAAACAAACCGUUUUAUUCGCAUUUGUAUCCUAAAUGUUUGAUUUUUGGAUUAAAGGACUGGAUGAUAUUAUACUCCAAUUAACAUUCUGAGCAAAUGAUUAUUUAUUUAUCUUUUCAAAUGAUACAUUUCCAUUGUGACUGAUGUUGUGUUCUUUGGCCUUGUGGUAUUGUUUUAGGAGGAGCCUGCCAGUCUAUAAAAACAUCUCACGCUGUCUCUGAAGAGUUUGAUUUUUAUUAACUUUCAUAACCUAAAAUAAUAUCAGGAGAACAAUCCAUAUACAGGCAUUGAUUGGCAUAGAAAUGCGCAGUAACAGUAACAAUCAGCUUAUGCAAGCUCUGGACAGACACAGAAAAAGAUGUCCACUUUGUAUAGUAUUACAGAGG